GAAAAACUUACUGAUCUUGCAAUAAAGAUUUAUGGAUUGCGACUAGUUGAAUCUGCAAGACAACGUACGGAUCCCGAUUCUGAAAUGUUUUAUAGAAAACUUAAUGAAUGUAAUAAUAGCAUAAGUUUAAUCAAUGAAACUGAAAAAAAAAAUUCUUUAGCUGAUAAAAUAGGCAAAGAACCUUACGAAACAUCCAGCUUUUAUGUACACAGUAAAAUCUCUAAAACAGGGUUUCAAGGUUCGAAAUUUAGUGUCUAA